AUGUUAUUAGAAAUUCCAUUACAUAUAUUAGAAUUGAUUUUAACUAGUUUAACAUUUUAAGAAUUAAAAAGAAUAUAAUGGAUUGAUAAGUUUUUUGCCACUUAUAUUCCAAAUAUUAUUCUUAAGACAAAAUAAUAAAUAAGCAUAUCUAUUUUUGAUUCAAACAAAUCCUUAAACUUAGAUAAGUGGUUAAAAUUAGAAAAAAUAUAUUUUAUCAUAACUACUACAAAUCUUCAUGAAAUAAAACCUAUUUUAUAAUAGAUUCCUAAAUCAAUUAAAAAAAUGAAGAUCCAAAUUAAUUAUGACUUAAUUAUUUAGGAAAAGUUCUAUUCAUAUAUUUCCAAAUAUAAUUCACAAUUAUGUGCUUUGAAAUUGAUUGCCACAGGUCCUAAUAUCAUUUAAACGUAGUAGAAGUAAAUUUAAUUAUAUAAUUACUUUAGAAUAGAUGCAAAAUUAUUACAUAAUCACUUUUAUGUUAAAAUGAAGAAUCUUAAAACAUUUCAAUUUGAUACAACAAGUAUGAGUAAGAUUACAAAUGAUUCUAUCUAAAAUUAUCUCUUUUAUGCAUUAUUUUAUAAAGAUGAAUAGUCUCAAAGACAACCAACAAUUGAAAAAAUAACAUUUGAUCAAUUAACAGAUACAAAUUAAUUGGAAAGAGGUUUUAUAUUGUAGAAUAAUUUCUAAAUAAACACAACAAUCAAAAAAAUUAGUUUGAAAUAAUUUGAUUAACCUUAAUAGAUGAAUCUAUUGAUUAAUCUUACUAAGUUAACUAAUUUGUUUGGAGAUUAAGUUUAAUCAAUUAAAUUGUGUUAACAUUUAAAUAUUCAUACGAUAAUUGAAGGUGAUAAGAUGACUGCCUUUUUGAAAUAUUUUAAUAAUUUAAAAGUGUUUUCAUUGAAUAUGUAAAAUAAUCAAUCAUGUUAUAAUAGAUACAAUAUCUCAUUUGAAAUAUAGAAUUUUGAAUUAGAUGAAUUAGCCUCACUUAAUUUAACAUCUCUUGGAUUGGCAAGCUUGAAGUAUCAUUAAUCUCAUUUUGCAUCAUUGUUUUCACUACUUCCAAAUAUAACAAUGUUGAAUUUGGAUUUUACAUCUAUUGAUGAUGAAUGUCUCAAUAUAUUAGGUUUAAAUUGAAUAUUACUAAUCUAUAGGAUAAUUACAAAAUUAUACUUAAUUAAAGAUAAGAGGAUGUAGAAAAUUAACUAAUAGUUCUCUGUUGCCAUUUUUAUUAAGAUAAAGAAAUUUAACACAACUAGAUAUCAGAGGAGUGUUAGGGUUUAGUAAAAAGGCUUUUAGAUUAUUAACUAAGAAUAACACUUUGGAAUAAUUAAGUAUAUCAGUAAAUUUAUUAUUAUUAAAAGUUAGGAUAAUAAAAUAAAUAAUAUUGUGUUGAUAGAUCUUCUUAAUAAAAAUUUUGGAACUUUGAGACAUUUAAAUAUUGGGGAACUUAUGAAUAAUCAAGGUUUAACAAAUGAUGUAUUUAAAUAAGCAAGAGUAAGGUAUUUAGAUUAAAUAAAAUAUUUAGGAAUGUUUGUUUAUUAAACAUGUAAUCUGCAUCAGUUAAAUUUACUGCUCAAAAUUUUUCAAUAAAAGUAGUAUCAGAUUUUCUGUAUUUGAUUCCAAAUAUCUAGGUUUUGUGUUUGAAAAUAAAUGUUUAGAAUAUUAUCUUUUUGAUAGAUUAGAUUUUAGAGUAAUUUAUUUUAUUUGAUUUCUUAGACAUAAUUCUAUCUGUAAUAGUUUAUAGAAACUCACACUUUCCUGUAAUGGUUAUUCACAUUUGAAUGUCAGUUAAAGAGAAAUAUUAAUAUUUUAGUCAUUUCGAGAUAAAGCUAUAAGAUUAGACACUUUGACUUUAAAUGUGAGUGAUGGAGGAAAUGAAGUAGGCAAAAUAUUUUUAAACUGUAUAUUAAAAAAAACUUAAGGACAUGAUAUCAGAUUGGUUUUGCCAUAAUAAAAUGUUUAAUACAUAAUCUGA